AUGCAGAAACAGUACAGUCCGGCUGGGAAAACAGUCCCUAGUCCAGAGAAAUUGGCCCAACCAAUGCCGGAGCCAUCGCAGCGGCCAUGGCCGAUCGCAGGCUGCUCAUUGGUUGCGUGUUUCUUGAUCGGCUUGGUAUACUUUUUGCAAUCGCCCAUCUUUCUUGUGCCUUUGAUUUUACCCGGCCACCUUCAAAACAUUCAAGAUGAGGCUUUCACUGCUCGACCGCGCAUAGAGCUUCACCCGGAGGAUCAUGCGUAUCGGGCGCCGGAGACUCAAUACUUGGAUUGGCAUGUGACCUCGGGCUUGCGCCGACCAGACGGUGUAUUGAAGCGGGUCUAUUUAAUCAACGACCUAUUCCCUGGACCGACGAUAGAGGCCCGCUCUGGUGACACAUUGAUCAUCACUGUUACCAAUGCCUUGCCGGAUGAGCUGAUUGCGAUCCAUUGGCAUGGCCUUCAUGUGGCUAAUGCCAUGGAUGGUGCAGCCGGGGUUACCCAAUGUCCCGUGACUUCUGGAAGUAGCUUUGUGUAUAAUUUGACAAUUCCAUCCGAUCAGAGUGGUACUUUCUGGUAUCAUGCCCAUUCAGGGGUCUCGCGGACGGAUGGCCUUUAUGGUGGGCUGGUCGUGCAUGCACCAGCUUCCAAAUCGACCGUUCGGGGCUUAGCAUCCCGUGGGCGCAAUGGUCUGCACCGUUACAACUAUGAUAGAGAACUUUUGCUUCUCAUCGGGGACUGGUACCAUCGCCCUGCGCGUGAUGUUCUAGAAUGGUAUAUGGACCCUGGGAAUUUUGGAAGCGAGCCUGUUCCUGAUUCCAUGCUCAUCAAUGGGGCAGGGUAUUUUAACUGCAUGAUGGCGGUGCCUGCUAGACCGGUGGACUGUAUGGAUCAGCAGAUGAAUAACGCAUUUAUCGACCUCGAUCCUCAUGCGACAUAUCGAAUUCGUGUGGUCAACACUGGAUCUCUAGCCGGGCUGAAUCUCAUUUUCGACAACCAUCUCCUGGACCUGCUUCAGGUGGAUAGCAUCGAUGUGGCCCGCUCCAAACAGAAGCAUAUAAAUUCCAUCGGUACACUCUUUCCCGGGCAACGCAUAGACUUUGUCCUUCGGCCAUUAUCACAGACAUCUGAAAAGCAGUCACACAUGACAGUUCAGUUAGAUGAAGAUUCCUUCAAGUACGCCAACCCAGCAUUGACGCCAGAUCAAACUUUCCCCAUCAACUACCGUCCCGAUGCCGUCCAGGGGCCUCCAAUCAAGGCCCACCGUCUCGACAUUGCAGAAGUACCUUCUGCGCCCUCCGUUCUCCAUUCCAUCCCGCCUGCCGCUCAACAAACGCACGUGGUGUACACCAAGAUCCAGAAAAUGGCCCGAUAUUCCAACAAGCCAUUUGGUUACUUCAAUCAAACCACCUGGAAGCCCCAGCAAGAUCCACCCAUUCCACUGGCGUCUAUGCCACGAGCCAAAUGGGACGCAAAUCAAUUCUCAAUAACCACGGGGCCGGAACCUGUAUGGGUAGACCUGGUAAUCAACAAUUUAGAUGAAGGAUCCCACCCCUUCCACAUGCACGGGCACCACUUCUACGUACUCGCAGUCUAUCAAUCCGAAUUUGGCUGGGGCUCCUACAAUCCCUUCGUUGACAAAAUCCCACCACACCAAGAACCCGACUCGGAUGCGUUGAAAAAUGACACAGAUGACGCCCAGGACCCUAACAUUAAUUAUGAUUCCGGUCUAUACGACACAUCGCGGGCUGCUUUGCGUGACACAGUCGUGAUCCCUAGUCGAGGCUAUGCUGUUCUCCGUUUCCGGGCAGAUAACCCCGGCGUUUGGCUUUUGCAUUGCCAUAUGCUUUGGCAUUCGAUGACGGGUAUGGCCAUGUUCAUUGAUGUGCAGGGCGACCCAGCGGGAUUGGCUGCGCACGCUAGCAGCGGAGAAUCAUGUCCUGUUUGA